UGUUUUAAGUUAUUGGUCUGUGGUCGCUGUCUUGUCUGUGGCGAUGUGACAUGAUUGGCAAAUUAUUAAAUUCUUCCUUUCCAAAAUCCGCAAUUAAUGUUAGGUAUUAACAUUGAUAGAAAAUUACUACUUGUUGGACUUAAAUUAGGAGUUAAAAGUGAUACUUACGAAGCAGAAGCAAAUCGACGCCAAAGCUUUAAUUACACGAUGUCUUCAACCGCACUGUUUGGAAACACCUCUGGUCUUGGUGGCAGUUCAGGAGGGAAUAAACACUUGGUAGAGUUUCGGGCAGGCAGAAUGACUCUCAAAGGUCGUAUGGUGCAUCCGGAUAAAAGAAAGGGCUUAUUGUAUGUGUACCAAGGAGAAGAUUCGUUGAUGCAUUUUUGUUGGAAGGACCGUACAACUGGCGAAGUAGAGGAUGACCUUUUGAUCUUCCCUGACGAUUGCGAAUUCAAGCGGGUUAACGAAUGUACAACUGGGAGGGUGUAUGUACUCAAAUUCAAGUCAUUCUCAAAGAAGUACUUCUUUUGGAUGCAGGAGCCAAAAACUGACAAGGACGAUGAGUACUGCCGCCGCAUCAAUGAGGCUUUGAACAACCCACCGACGUCGGGCGAGCGCGGCGGCGGCGGCACCGGCGGCCAAGACGGAGAGCUGCAGAACCUGCUCAACAACAUGUCGCAGCAGCAACUGAUGCAGCUGUUUGGAGGGGUCGGCCAGAUUGGGGGACUGUCAUCACUCCUCGGCACCAUGGGCAACAAUAGCAGCAGCGGUACGGGCGGCAGUCGCCAAUCGAGUAGCAGCGGCAACAGCUCGCGCGGCGGCUCAGCCCCGCGCACUACGGAGCCCAGCGCGCGCACGCCGGCGCGCCCGCGCUAUCCGGCCGCGGCGGCCGCCGCUCCCGCCGCCGCCCCAGCCGCCGCGCCUGCCGCCGCUCCCGCCGCCGCCGCCGCGCCCGCUCCGGCCGCCGCCACGCCCGCGCCCACCCCCGCCUCCGCCGCCACCGCCGCCUCGGCUGCCGCUACUCCUCGUGGCGGGCAGAUCUUCCUGUCGGACCUGCAGCGCUACUUCUCUGCGCUGGGCACGGCGCCCGAGGGCGAGGGCGGCGAGGCGCGCGUGGACCUGGGCGCGGCGCUGGCGGCGCCCGACGUGCUGAGCACGGCCAGCGAGCCGCCGCACGCGGAGCGCCUGGCGCCGCUGCUGCCGCCCGCGCCCGCCGCCACCGCCGCCGCGGACGAUGUAAGGACCACCCUGCUCUCACCGCAGUUUGCUCAGGCGGCAAAUCAGUUUUCCUCAGCCCUAACCUCGGGGCAAAUGGGUCCAGUGGUGUCGCAGUUCGGUCUGCCGGCCGAUGUGACUGCAGCCGCCAACUCUGGCGACAUGAAGGCAUUUUUCAAGGCCUUGGAAAGCGCUUCGUCGGGCUCCGAAGGCAGCAAGUCACAGGACGCUGACAAAAAGAAGGAAAAGCCGCAAGACGACAAAAAUGACAAAGACGGUGACGCUGGAAUGUCACUCGAUUAAAACUUGCACUUACGCAAGAAUAUUAUUAUUUGUAGUUCUUUCUAUUUUUCACUUUAAUAUCGUAAGGCAAGACGUAGAACACUAGCAGCGACUAGACAGCAACUAAAGGCAUUUUCGAAAAAGAUGUAAGAAUUAUACAAGUCCUAUGAAAUAAAAUUAAUUGAAAUUUC